UACAAGUAGCACACUUUAUCGGAUGACACUCCACGAUGCCGUCAAGCAAGCUACUACGAGGAUGCACGCCUCUGGCCUCCCGCCCUACGCGGGCCCUCAAGCCGACGACAUGCCUCCGCCCUCAACGGAGCACAGCAGCGUCCGUUAGACAAGCCCACACCGGGCAAGGCCGUCUCCUCUCGCCCAGUACAAGCUCUUCCCUUCGCCCACGCCUCACACCGUCUCAGCCGCAACCAUGGCGAGCCCUCCUUCCCAAAACCGCCCGCCGCACCAUCUUCAUCCAGACCGAGAACACGCCGAACCCGGACGCUCUCAAGUUCCUCCCGAACCACCGGAUCCUCCCGGAGAGCGUGAGCUCGCCCUUCAUCGAAUACCUCAACCCACGCUCGACCAUCGCGCCGCCGUACCCGUCCCCGCUGGCGGCACAGCUCAUGAAUAUCGACGGCGUGACGUCCGUCUUCUACGGCGCCGACUUCAUCACCGUCACCAAGGCCGCCGACGCCAACUGGGCGCACAUCCGGCCCGAGGUGUUUGCGCUCAUCACCGAGGCCAUCACGUCGGGCCAGCCCAUCGUCAACGUGGCGGAGCGCAGGGAAGGCUCCGCCGCCUCCUCCGGCGGCGCCGGCGCCGCAGGGGGUGCGCGGGAGGGCGCGGAGGCGGCCGAGCAGGACAGCCUGGCAUACGACGAGAACGACAGCGAGGUGGUCGGGAUGAUCAAGGAGCUGCUCGAAACUCGAGUGCGCCCGGCGAUCCAGGAAGACGGUGGGGAUAUCGAGUUCCGCGGGUUCGAAAACGGCUACGUGCUGCUCAAGUUGCGCGGCGCGUGCAGGACAUGCGACUCGAGCACCGUGACGCUGAAGAAUGGCAUCGAAGGGAUGCUCAUGCACUAUAUCGAGGAGGUCAAGGGUGUUCAUCAGGUGCUGGACCAGGAAGAGGAGAUCGCCAUGCAGGAGUUUGCCAAGUUCGAGGAGAAGCUCAAGGCCCAGAAGGGUGAAGUGCCCCCUUCAACCUCGGGCAACGGGUCGCUUGACUCUGCUUCCGGUUAACGGGGUUGGCUUCACUUCUAUGUACUGAGCAGCCCCUGGAAUGUACUGUACAUGUGUUUCGAGGCAUGACACGUUUCGGCAUUUGGGAUACAAACGGGAAAAUACCCCCCUUGGAAGGUGAUGAUACUUCAUGCCUGCCACCGAGUCUUCAAUGCAUAUUUGCGAGGUUGCAGGUCCCGCAAACGUUGCUUCG